ACAUGCACCAACGUGGAGGCUGAGACACAAGUCGGACUGUGCGGAGUGAAACCUCUGAACUCAGCAGGCCGUCUGCGAUGCGCUCUUCCUGUCACCAGCCAGGAGACUCGAACCAUCACCGAACCAUCAGAACCGAGCACUGGUCCACCGAUUGUCCAGAGAAAGCUGAGCAGGCAGAGUCAGGGCUCAGAGCUUCAGGAAGAAGACGCAAAUAUGUCAAAGAGAAGAGGUCAGAGGAAGUUUGCCUUUUUGUCGCUGUUAUUGGUGUGUUGUGUGUUUGCUGGUGCCGAGUACUCCAGCUGUGGAGAGUAUGAGUUCUUCAACCAGACCAGCAAUAGCUGCCAGGCCUGUCCUCAAUGCCAGCCGGGGCAAGAACCACAUAUGAACUGUGGUUACGGUGUGAAGGACGAGGACUUUGCCUGCGUGUCGUGCCCACAGGGGAAAUACUCGAAAGGAAAGUAUGAGAUCUGCAGGCGCCACAAGGACUGUGAUGCUCUUUACAAAGCUACUGUUCGUACAGCAGGAACUCCAGAAAGGGAUGCUGAAUGUGGACCAUGUUUACCUGGGUAUUAUAUGCUGGAGAAUAAACCCAGAAACCUCUAUGGGAUGGUUUGCCACUCCUGCCAGAAUGCACCCCGCAACACCAAAGAAUGCAUGCUACCCAUCGAGCCAAAAGAAAAACGUCCGAUGAACCUCGGCAGCACAACAGUUUUUCCCAACCCUUCACAUGAAGGUACACCAGACCAAGGUCAUCUAGCAACAGCACUCAUUAUCGCCAUGUCAACAAUUUUUAUCAUGGCCAUCGCCAUCGUUCUCAUCAUAAUGUUUUACAUCCUGAAAGCCAAACCAAAUAGCCAAGCUUGUUGUACUGGACAUGUUGUGAAAGCAGUGGAAGCUCAGACCAACAAACAGGAAGACAAAAAAGACAUCCCCGACAAUGUGGUGAUCUUCUCAGAGAAAGACGAGUACGACAAACUGAAAGCUCCUCCUCCAAAGACAGUGAAAAGUGAAAACGACGCAUCGUCCGAGAACGAGCAACUGCUGAGCCGCAGCAUCGACAGCGACGAGGAGCCGUCGGAUAAACAGGGUUCAGCAGAGAUCUCAACCGCCAACCCCAACCCAUGCCUCGUCGACCUGGGCAACAAACCUGACCUCUCCCUGCUCUCUCUGGGACUCCUGGACCGCGGUCGCACCUGCAAUGGCACCUCUGCUGUCGUAGCCAACCACACUAAUGGCAUUUCCAGUCCCAACUACAUGAAUGGCAUCAACCACAUGGCCUCCAGCAACCACAUUAGCGGUGUGAAUGGGAUCAACAACAAUAAAGCUGUUGGGAUGCUCCAGAGUCGAAGGAAAAAGAUAUUAGAUCUUUAUGCUAGAGCCUGCAAUGUGUCUGAGGGCCUGAGUCCCACAGAGCUUCCCUUCGACUGCCUGGAGAAGGCGAGCCGCAUGCUGAGCUCCUCCUACAGCAGCGAGGCGGCCGUCGUGAAGACGUGGAGGCAUCUGGCUGAAAGCUUUGGUCUGAAGCGUGACGAGAUCGGCGGCAUGAGUGACGGCCUUCAGCUCUUUGAGAGAGUGAGCACAGCCGGCUAUAGCAUCCCUGACCUCCUCACCCGCCUGGUUCAGAUCGAGAGGCUGGACGCCGUGGAGUCGCUUUGCACCGAUGUGCUGGGAAGUGGCGAGGUGGCAGUAGUGACUGGACGGCAGAGCAUCAACAGUUUUCACAGCCAGUUAGUCUGUCCUUCCCCGUGCACGUCUCCAUCCCAUCGCUGCGCCAGUGUCUGAAUAUUUGGCAGAGCAGAGACUUAAAAGACUUGCAAGUUUUCGGGUACACAUAUAUGUAAGGACAGAUUCUGCUCUGACAAAGACUGUGCAUAUAGCGUGUACACACUACCCCCAUCACAUGAAGAAUGUCAGUGGGCUUUCUGUCCAUGGUCUUUUAUCUGUCAAAAGCUAACAGAGUUUGUUCCA